ACAGAAUCCUCGAUACAGACAUACGUACGCAUAUUUACAGAGGCGCAGGCGUACUAAUAGCAGCUGCACAUGGCCGAGACCACGGCAACACAACUCGCAGAUCGAAUCGACGAAGGUGCCAUGGACGUCGUUUCGCCUUCGGUCGCAGACUCUACGGCCACAAGCAGACUACCCGUGACGGUCAACAAGCCCACGCCCUACACCUUCGACCUGGGCAACCUCUGCGCCUUCGACCCCAACCCACUCCCCCGCUCCCCCGACGAAGCAGCCCUCACGGCAAUCGCGCGGGAUGCCGCGCAAGCGCUGAUAAACCAGCUGCUCACAACAUGCGAAGCAAAAUCCACCUCUGAAGGCGUGCAUCUCGUCCUCCCGGAACCCAUCACCGCCCUUCCCCGCGAGAAACCCAUCCCCACUGAAAAGCCACCGACGAAAUGGGAGCUCUUUGCUAAGAAGAAGGGCAUCAAGGAUAAGAAGAAGGAGGGGAAGAUGGUGUAUGACGAGGCGAGUGGGGAAUGGGUGCCCAAAUGGGGAUAUAAGGGGAAGAAUAAGGAGGGGGAGAAUGACUGGUUGGUUGAGGUGGAUGAGAAGAAGGAGAGGGAGACGGGAGAGGCUGGGGAUGCGAGGAGGGAUAGCAGGGCGGCGAGGAAGGAGAGAGUGAGGAGGAAUGAGAGGAGACAAAGGGCGAAUGAGAGGAAUGCAAGGAAGAAAGUGUGAGGCUUGGAUUGGAAGUUGUAUGGCCGGUUAUGACAGCUCAUGAAGUCCUCUCCGCGGGUGAUGCAGGUCUGCUGCAUGUUUGGGAUCAGGACUAAGAGCAUCGUACAGGACCCUUUAUCUACCCCGUCCAUGAGGCGUUCAGGCGACCAGGAAGGAUUGGGAAAAGAGUAGCAUUUAUAUGGCGUUCUUCAAGGGUCAUCUUAGGGAAAUCUUUACGAGUGUGAGGGUUCAAUCCUUGCUUUGGGACUUGAUGCGUGGCCGAAUUAUUUGACGUCGAAUCUCCGUCGGGUAGAUGUACAUGACCAAACAUUGCAUCCGUUACACUACUCUCGUUUCAUAAUUUC